AUGACAUCCAUCAGGCUGAUGCGCUCGCUUCGGUCAUCAGCCCGCUCCUCGAGACAUGUCAUCAAAUCGAACGUUGUCGCUGCGGCGGCUCAAGCUCCGCCUUCGUGCAACGAUCCGCAGUCAUGUUGGAACAACUGCAACAGAGACAUCUGCUUCAACAGCUCAGCCCCGCGAAGUAGCCUGCCACCAAGCCAGCAAGGCGACCACAAGCCACCCGAUGAGAGGACGAUCCAGCUGGGCAAGACAGUACGAACACUGCACGAACGAUUGCCAACCUUACUGAAGGAGCCCUUGCCUUCCGACAUCCUCUCGCCGAGCAUCACACUACACCUGUUCCCGUCGACACACCCGCACCUACCGACAGUCUCUGGCCGCAUAGCCUACAUCGCAGCGCUAUGGACCGCGCCGGUAGCGUGGGGCAGGAUGCCGCUGAUAGGGAAUGUGCAGCUUGUCAUACUAUCAGAGCGCAUGGUGCGCAAUGGAGGAAGCGCAGUACCCUUGGCCAACAGAGAGGAGAAGCUCAUCGUGAAGUGGAAGACGUGUGGCAAGACAACACAUCGUGAUGGGACAGGAGGCAUAUAUCGUGGCAUGGGUCUGGCAGCAGCAAGAGAUCCCGUCGAUAAGAUCAAAGGCUUCAUAUCAGGCAAAUCUGCAGAACCCGAAGAGCGGAAGAGGGAUGCCGAAGAGUUUUGUGGCAUCUUCAUCUUUGAGUUUGACGAGAAGGGCAGACUGGCCAAGCAUACUAUCGAGCAUACCGAGGAAGGCGGAGACUAUGACAGGAUGACGAGAGUGGUGUCUGUGACUGAAUGGCUGCUGAGUCGCUUCAAUGGCAAGAAGAAGGAAGACAUGCCGGCUCUUGCUUGGUGUGAGGAACGACCAGCUGGCGGCGGGAUGCAGCUGGUGGACAGGCGGCCGCGAUACUGA